AUGGCAGACCUGCUGUCCUACCUGGUCCAACCGCACCGACCGUUUUCACACGUCGGGAUGGACUACGGGGGUCCGUUCCUUGUCAAGGAACAUCGUCGUCGCAAUGCGCAAUCAGUCAAGGUAUACCUUGCAUUAUUUAUUUGUAUGUCCGUCAAGGCCGUUCACCUCGAAAUCGUGUCUGAUCUCAGCACUGACGCCUUCCUCGCGGCCUUAGACCGUUUUGUUGCACGUCGUGGGAUUCCGGCCAACAUCUAUUCGGACUGCGGGACAAAUUACGUCGGUGCCGCGCGCCAGCUGAAAACGUUGUUCCGCGACGCCAAGGCCGAAGACCGGAUAUCGUCGCACCUCAACUGUACGUGGCACUUCAAUCCACCCGCCGCGCCCCAUUUCGGCGGAAUUUGGGAGGCUGGCAUCAAAAGCGUCAAGUUUCACCUCAAGCACGUCAUCGGUCAACAGGUGUUGACAUUCGAUGAGUUCCUCACUUUGACCACGCGCAUCGAGGGCAUUCUAAACUCCAGACCGAUCACGCCGACGUCAUCCGACCCGCACCGAUUUGAGUGCAUUAACACCGGGCCACUUCCUUAUUGGACAGCCGCUUCAAGCCGUACCCGAACCUGA